CCCCGGGCCGCUCGGGAGGGUCCCGGGAGGGUGCCGGCGGGGCCGCGCCGGGCGGCGGGCGCUGCCAGCGAGCCCCGAGCCCCGGACCCGCCUCGGCCGCUCUGUUCCGAAUUCGAGUCAAGCCCCGGGGCAGCCGGGGCAGACGAUACGGGGCCUGUGCUGGGGAAGGCGCUCGCCCUGUCUCGCCGCGCCGCCUGGCAGGCUAGGGCACAGCAGGGACGGACCCGGGUGCCCCCCACACGGGCUAAGGCCAGCCCUCCCCUCACGGCUGUCAGCUGGGCUGAGCGGCAGCUGCCCUGCAAGGAGCAGCCGUGGCACCCCCCGCUGGCGGGGCAGCCCACAGGCUCCGUGUCCCGGCACCGGCCGCGCCCCCGGCCGGUCAGAGCCGCUGGCACCGCCUGGGCCCCGGCGUCCUCCACAGCUCAGCCCCGGCAGCUGCCUCAGCCCUGCUGCUGCUGCGGGUCCAAACUGGGUAGCGGAAUUCGGGUUACAAUUAACAGAAUUAAAAAUAGGCUUUGAAUAAACUGAACACCCGGAGAGGCUAGAAAGUUGUUGUGCAGGUGGCACGUUAGGAGGAAAGUGAGUGGUAUUACUGAAACAAAGGUAAUCCAAGACACCUCAGCGCGGGAGCCUCGACUACCAGGAUGGCCUGGGACUCCUUGUGCAGCCGCGACUUACGGCGGCCUAGGAUAAGAAGUGCCUCAAGCUGGAUGCCCGACAGUGGGAGCAGCACUGGGACACCAUCCCUGGAGGAGCUGCGGCGCCUGCUCUGCACACGCACACACCCCACGGGGCAUGUGGAUGAAGUCUGGCCAAACCUUUAUGUGGGAGACCUGUACGUCGCUCGCGACAAGGCCCAGCUGAGCCGCAUGGGCAUCUCCCACAUUGUGAAUGCCGCUGCCGGGAGAUUUCGCAUCAACACUGGGCCCAAGUUCUACAGUGACUUGCCUGUGGAUUACUAUGGAGUAGAAGCAGAGGACAACCCAAACUUUGAUCUCAGCAUUCACUUCUAUCCAGUUGCUCAGUACAUCAGAGAAGCACUGAAUUCCCCAAGAGAAAAGCCUGGGCAGCAGUCAGCACCCUCAGAAAGCAUUACUGUCCUAAGUAAGAAGAAAGAAGAGUUUGUGGAAAACCAGGAGUGUUGCUGUAACAGCAGUGAGCAAUCCUGAGCAUUGCACUUCCGAAAUCCCAAGUUUCCAAGCCCUCUAGUAGUAAGUAACCUGCCAAGGCUGCUUCCCACAGCACGGCCAUCAAGCGUGAACUCUUGAAACUUUGGCAGCAAAUGCAUCACUCCCAGAACUCCACAUGAGCAAGCAGGGACACAACGGAUGGCAGCCUGGACAGGAAGGAUAAGGGUGUGCUGUCAGGCUGACAGCUAAGCUUAAACAAGCGACCAUGGAUCCUGGAACACAAUUACAAAUUUUCUGUCCCCAGCCAGUAAAAACCCCAUGUUCCCCAACCAGGGGAACUGCACCAGGGCUGCUCUGCAGGGCUGUACACACUUGCUUGCCCAUCCCCAAUACCAGCUUCCAUCUCUGCUCCAGCACAAUAACCCCCACCAUGAGGCCUGCUGGCAUAAUUGCAAAUCUCUCUCCU